AUGGCCCAGCUCAAUGGCACUUUGAUGCCAUUUCUUUACCCAUGUUUGCUAUUCAGCCCAACUGCCAAUUUAGCUCCUAGGAGCGCGUUGAGAGCUUCCAAAUGCCUUAAACACUUUCGAUGGUCCUCCUCACUCCCUACAAAUAAUAAUAUAUCCGCGCCUGAUCCUGGGUCUCAUUCGAUCGGCACGAAUGACUUUGAUCUCGAGAAGAACCGUCGCCUGAACCCGGCUCCAUCGGACUAUGGACGAUCGAUAUUCCAAGACCGAUGUUCUCUUACCGUCCACACCGGCUCAGGAGGCUCAGGAUGCGUUGCGUUCCUGCGUCUGAAAUAUUUAGAGCAUGGCCCUGCGAACGGUGGUGACGGCGGCACGGGAGGAAAUAUACUGAUACAGGCCGUUGAAGGGCAGACAAGUCUACACAAGCUGGCACGAAGAGGCGUGAUAAAAGCUGGUAGAGGCAAAAAUGGGAGAGGCAAAUCGCAGGGAGGAGUACGAGGUGAAGAUGUCUUGUUGCAGGUUCCUGUUGGAACUGUGGUACGCGAGGUUGAGAGACAUGACCCUGUGGCAGAGAAGGAACGAGAACUGAAAGAGCUCACUCGGGAACUCGGCAGCAGGACAAAAGCCCUGCAAGCUAUAAACUCACGUAGAGAUCAGUGGGUGCUAUAUCCUGGCUCUCAGCCGUCUGAUUACUUUGCAACCGAUUUCCCGGAACUUGGUCCGCCCAGAAGACCCGAUCUUGCAGCCGUACAGCCUGCUGCGCCAAUAUACCUUGAUCUUUCCAGACAUAUGGAUACACCGAUUGUACUUGCAGCAGGUGCUGUAGGAGGCCUUGGGAACCCACAUUUUGUGUCUAAGUCCAUUGGCAGGCCCAUGUUUGCUACAAAGGGCGAACAAGGGAUGAGGCUCGAACUAGAGUUAGAACUGAAAUUACUUGCCGAUGUAGGGUUGGUUGGUCUGCCGAAUGCUGGCAAAAGCACUCUAUUACGCUCAAUAACCAACAGCCGGACUCGUAUAGGAAACUGGGCAUUCACUACUCUGUCACCUAAUAUUGGCACUGUUGUACUGGAUGAUUAUUCCCAACGCAAGGCAAGGCUGGCAACUCCAGGACGGGCUCCGCGCCCACGGUUUACAAUUGCAGAUAUACCUGGUUUAAUUGAAAACGCUCAUUUGGAUAGAGGCCUCGGGCUGGGAUUUCUCAGGCAUGUAGAGCGUGCUGGAAUCCUUGCUUUUGUGGUGGACCUUAGUGCGGGAGAUGCGGUGGCGGCCCUGAAGGGUCUAUGGAAUGAGCUUGGUGCAUAUCAGUCUAUGCGGGACCGUGAGCUUAGCUUGGAUACCCAGUCCCGACUGUCUCCAUGGACUCCAGUCACUGACAACUUGGACGAACCACGAGUGAACGAAUGGAUGGGAGACGAAGGCCAUGCCAGCACUCCACCCCCACCGGCAAGAGACUCGUCCCUUCAGCCUCUUGUAUAUGCCAGCCACAACAUCUACUCGAAACCAUGGUUCGUUAUUGGAACCAAGGCUGACUUACCAGGCACCCAGGAGAAUUUCGCAGCUUUAAAGGAUUACCUUGCUCAGGUUGAGAAAGGAACUGUUGAACAUCCCUCGAAGCAAGAAGAUGCAUGGCGGAAUCGGAUAUUUUCCGUUCCCAUCAGCGCCAUCAAUGCACAGGGAGUGAAUGUCAUCCCUGAGAGGAUUGUGCAACUCAUGGACGGUGCAUAUUAA